AUGAGUGACAAUUUGUGGUACUUCUUUGUCUGGUACAUCGACAAGCUCUUCAGAUUCAACCUUCUCACCAGGGAUCACUUCACCAAUAUCUUAAGGUGUUACAGUAGAGUAGUGUUCCUGGUGGUCGAGUGUUCAGAUUCGAAGCGUAAUUGUGCCUCCAACACCCGAAUAGAAGAUGAAUUCCCUUGCACAAUAGCUUUUGUGCGAGUAAUAUGCUCCCACAUUAAAGCCGCAAGAGCUGCUAACGGGUUAGAAGCAUUAAAGAGUAUUGUGGCUGCAUUUGAUUCUGAUGUUGAUGUAUAUGGCUUUAUUGAGGACGCAUCUGAAAGUGCUGAUUGUAGUUCUGCUGUUGUUAAUUAUAAUUCUCUUGUCUUGAAUUAUAAUUUCCUUGAGUGGAUAUAUUCCCAUAUCAAAAUGUCACAGCAUUUUUUCCAACAUUCUGAGUUCCCCAAGACUGUGGAUUGCUUGCAAAAUUAUUAUAAGAGGUAUGGCCAGCCUGGAAGCGAGCAAGCGCACGCGCGCGGAGGUGCAACAUGCACAGGGGAGACUGGGUUCGACUGCGGUGCGAACGGAUGGAGGCCAGUCUGCUACUGCUGUAUGGCUAGCCUGGAAGAGAGGAAGCGCACGCGCGUGGAGGUGCAACACUCGCAGGGGAGAUUGGGUUUGGCUGCGGCGCGAACGGACGGAGGCACGUUGCUUUCUAUUCCCUUCCAAAAGCUUACUUUUGCUUCCCCAUUACAGCUCUCGAUUUCAUCUGCCCUAUUUUACCCUCCCAACCCAAAAGUCACCUCCACCCUCUCUCUCUUCCAACAUGAAACAGAAGCUGCCAGCAAAUCUUUUGUUCCUGAAGCCGCCACAACUGCUUCUUCUUCAUCACUCAUCAGCAGACUACUUCUUCUUCUUCAUCCGCUCACCUGCCGCCAGUCAUCCGUAUCCAUUUUCAGACAACGGUGUCUUGACAGUUCGUAUUCCGUAGGACACCAGUACGAGAGGGGAAGAUUCGUGUCGCCGAGAUUUACAUUUGAAGCUUCAAUGGCGAUUUCAUCUCUCCCUUGUAUUCAACCUGUAAGAGUUCCUUUCAAAGCUUGUAGCUUCUUUCCUGCUAGUGUUUGUGGUGGAUUCAACAAUAAGAAAAGGAUAAAUGCUGUUGUUUUUUCUUCGUUGAGGAAAAUUUCCAACGAUAUCAACAUUGAAUCCAAGAUAAUUUACCUUGGGAAGCCUGAUGGUCCUACCUGCCACACAGGGUCAGAGACAUGCUAUUUCACAUCAAUAGGUGAUUUGUUUAAGGAGCAAGAAGUUGAAGAAACUAACUUGGCAUUGACAACUUUAUACUCAUUAGAGGCUACAAUUUCUAAAAGAGAAUUAGAGUUAGCAGGGAAACAUGGAAAGCCUUCGUGGACUAAACAGCUCUUACUUGAUGAAAACUUGUUGUGCUCAAAAAUCCGGGAAGAAGCAGAUGAGUUGUGCCGAACGCUGGAGGAGAAAGAGGACAGUUCAUGUACUGUCUCAGAAAUGGCAGAUGUGAUCUACCAUGCUAUGGUUUUGCUAAGGCACAAAGAUGUAAAGAUAGAAAAUGUUCUAGAAGCUCGGCGAAGAUUCUCUCAAUCGGGUAUAGAGGAGAAGCAAAGCCGUGCAUCAACCAAGAGUUAAA